UCACAUGUUUGACUUUUUCACUUUAAAAAUGUCAAAGCUCAAUAGAGGCAGCAUGUGGCCUUAUACUCUGUUUUGGAACGUGAAGAGAGGUGAAAAAAUAUUAUUCCCAUAUCUUUUUUUUCUGUAAUCAUAUAUGCUAAAUUAUUAUUAUAAUUUUCCAGGUUGUAAUUGGAAAAGAAUCAUACAUGGUUAAGAUUUGAUCAGUUUUUUUAACAUAAACGUCAAAUUUAGUUGUAAAUUUUCUAUUUCUAAAAACGAUUUUUUAGUUUGUUCUUUCAUGGUGCGAUAUGAUAUCAUACGCUUAUGGAAAUAUCCAGUGUCAUUUUGGAAACAGUUUGUGUGGAAAUGGUGAAGCAGGAAGAGACAGAAACAGAGCCGUGUCUGAACCAAAGCCAAAUCUCCAUAGAAUCUCUUUAUAAUUCACAUCUCUCCCAGUGAAUCCAAAGACGGAUCUUGAACAAACAUGCGUGGAGUUUGGCUUUAUCUCAAGAAGUCUCUUAGCUGCUGCAGUGCACAGAAGUCAACUGUCGCUUGUGAUCGAGACAAGAACCAAAUUCAGAAGAAUCCAUCUGGAUCCUCAAGAUCAAUGUCAAAUCUGAGAGAUGUUUUUGGAACUAAUGAAGAUGAAGGAGCUAUGCAGAAUCCAAGCUGCUGCAGCUCACGGUCUCUGGAGAGCUCCAGGUUUACAAACACUAUGAAGUUUGAGGGGAAUGCCAGUUAUUCAGACAGAUUCAAAGGUUUGAUCAGCGGAGCAUCUUCAUCUGAUUUACUUCCCGGUCGUUGUUCAGAGAGAUUUGAUGUUGUUGGCUCUGACAUCUGCGGUUUCGGAGUUCUUGCUUGUCGAAAAUGUCAUGAGAGAGUCAGAGAUCUUGACGCGUUUGAGGCCCAUUACCUCUCUAACCACUCUGUUAUUAGACUCUUAGCAGGAGAUUUCUCAAGAACAACUGUUGAGUUAAUCUGCAAUACAGGCUUUUCUCACAAGCUUGGCAAAACAAAAGGGAACAACAUUUCGGCGAUCUUGAAAAUACAAAGUUUGCAAAGAGUUGUUGCAGAGUUUGAAGAUUACAGAGAACUUGUGAAAAUAAGAGCGAACAAGCUUUCAAAGAAACACUCUCGAUGUAUGGCUGAUGGGAACGAGUUUCUUGGGUUCCACGGUACAAGUCUUUCUUGCGCUCACGGUUUGAGUAACAGCUCUUCAAACCUCUGUUUCUCAGAUCAAUGUGGAGUUUGUCAUAUUCUAAGACAUGGAUUCAGUCCUAAAACAAGACCAGAUGGGAUUAAAGGGGUUCUCACAGCAUCAUCAAGCUCUGCAGCUCUUAAAACUAUCGAAACCGAUCAAGGAAGAAACAGAGGUUCAUUGAAAGCUGUUGUGCUAUGUAGAGUUAUUGCAGGUAGGGUUCAUAAACCUAUGCAGAAGUUUGAAGAUCCUUUAGGGUUUUCUGAGUUUGAUUCAUUGGCUUUGAAAGUGGGACCAAAUUCUAGAAUUGAAGAGCUUUAUCUAUUGAGUAAUAAAGCUUUGUUACCUUGCUUUGUUAUAAUCUUCAAGCCUUGAAACAAGCCCGUGUAUGCAAAAUUUAUUCUUUAGUUUUUUGUAUAGUUUUCUCUUCUUCUUUUUUUCUUGCAAAAUUUGGUGGGCCUGUAAUAGGUUAAAAAUGUUGGGCUUUCCCCAGAAUUGGAAGAUGGAAAACUUGGUGGACAAGUCUAUGCCUAGCCUCUGUACUCAAAGGGUGAAAAAGAUUGUGAGUGUUAGUGC